ACUAGAUAACAACCUUUGAAACCAGAAAUGCGUACGCAUCUACUUGUUAAAAAUAGAACGGCUUCCCCGUAUUUAUUUCCGGCGCUCUUUUUGAAAAUGAAAGUAGAACAGGAGGGAAGAGAACAGCUAAGCUAAAUAGUUAAAACAUGUAGAACUAGAACAACGCAAAUAUGGAACAACCCCCACUCCAACAGACAGAGGAUACAGGAUGGUGUGAUUUUUUUUCCACAUUCCAUAACCCAUAUAAUGGCUUUGUUGAGUCAAAAGAACAGUUGGAGGAGCUUAAGUGGCACUAUGAAGUGGAGACAAAAUCAUAUUUUGUUUCUGUGAAAACUUCAUCCACUUUUGGAAACACUGAUAUUGACAGUAAGCAGCACAAGAUCCAGUGGAGGGAAAAGAACAAUCUUCAUAUGCCAGACAAUCCCUAUAUAGUCCUACAAACAGAGAGAUUUGAGUGUCAUCAUGGGCCAGAUAGAAAUAAGGCUAAAAAAGUCAAAGCCCAGAAUGCACAGCAAUCGGAUCACUCUGCUUAUCAAAAGAAACGUUUCCACAUCCAAACAACUAAAAAAUUGAACUGUCCUGCGACCAUUAUUGCGAAAGAGAUGAUUUUCUUUACUGACUUUAAGGACUGUAUCUCAAAGUAUAAAAAAGAGCAACUGUCCAGGGUUAUUAGAAGCAGUUUAACUGAUACAGAUAUUAAACUGGCAAUGACACGCCAUAUUUUUAUAUCAUUGCCACAAGGAGAAAGAAAUGGACAUCAAAAUCAUCUUCAUGGAGAGGCCGCAGAAGUUUCCAUACCAGAGGACAAAAGAAUUAUUGUUAAAAUUGAGGAGUAUGUUGGUGAAGGUUUAGUGUCAUCAAGCUGCUUAAGACCAUUACUUGAGCAGUUUGUAAGACACGAAAUAUUUGCUGGUGAGAAAUGUGCCAACUGGACAAACAGAAGAUUUUUCCCAAGUCAGCGGGAUAUAUCUAACUUCGUUUAUGCUGCUAAGUUGAAGGGAUUGAAGGCCAAAUAUGAUCAGGAAAACUUAAUGGCUCAUGUUGAUGAGUGGCAGAAAGACAGGCCAGAAGAUAAGUUUCUUUUCUCUGGUUCUGAUGUGAACACAGAAGAUACUGGAGACUCAACAGGUUUCUUUUUCUUAUACCAAUCAACCUGGCAACAACGACUGCUUAACCUUUAUGGCAAUGAGAUUUGUCUUCUAGAUGCUACAUACAGAACAACAAAAUAUUCAAUUCCACUGUUUUUCUUGUGCGUCAAGACAAAUGUGGAUUAUUCAGUUGUAGCUGUUUUUGCAUGUCAGUAUGAAAACAGUAGUACCAUCACUAAGGCUCUCAACCAAAUUAAAGAAUGGAACCCUAACUGGAACCCGAAAUAUUUCAUGGUAGACAACUGUGAAGCUGAGAUCAAAGCAAUCAUUACUUGUUUUCCAGCACCAGAUUGCCAGCCUUUUAUCUGUGAUUUUCACAGAGAGCAGGCCUGGAGUAGGUGGUUGAAAGCGAUUAAACAUGGUCUUAACCAGAAUGUUGAUGAUGUUUUGCUGAUCCUAAGAAGAGUUGCUAGAGCACAAACAACUGCACAUUUUGAUGAAGCCAUCAGCAACCUAAAAGAGAGCUAUUUUUGGAAAACCCACAAAGAAUUUAGAGAUUGGAUGAAUAAUACCUGGUUAAAGAGUGUAAAGAUGUGGGCUUGGUUGUACAGGAAAGACCGUCUGUUGGUAAAAAUUAACACCAACAAUGGUGUUGAAAGACAAAACAGGACACUUAAAUAUGAUUUCCUGGCCAAAUACACAGACCGCACUCUAACAGGGAUGUUAACCACUGUUAUUAAGCGGUUUCUGCCAGAUCAAUAUAGGAAAUAUCUAGAUGUUAACAUAAAAGCAUCUGCCUUCUACAAACAGUACAACCAGCACAUACCUGCAUUUCUCCAUAAUCGACCAAAGGAGUUAAUUGACCACUGUAGGAAACGUAUUUCACCAGCAGAGGAAGUUGAAGGGAAAAUUGUUAAAGGGGAGGAUGGUUUGUUUACUGUCGGUAGCUUUACAGAUCAGAACACCACAUACGUUGUAUCUGUUGGCAGUGAUACUGAAGUGCCAUCAUGCCAGUGUGAGGACUGGCUUCGCUCACACUGGCCAUGCAAACAUCUUCUUGCUGUGAUUAUGCAUUUUCCAGAAUCAAGCUGGAAUGAUUUACCCGUCCAUUAUAGAGACAAUCCAAUGUUCAUCUUGGAUGAGUUGUGUAUUCAGGACAUUGGUUUCAAGGUACCAACUGAUUCAUAUGAUGAACCUUUAUACGAAGAAGCAAAAAAGGCUUCAAAAAUUGAAUCACCAAUAAAAUUGGAAACAGAUGAAGACCAAGAUCUCACUAGUACUAUUAGAGAACAACUAGAACAGAUCAAAGGCUUAACUUACCUAGAAGUUCCCUAUGCUAUUCAAAGGAAAGCCUUGGACCAGUUAAUACUGCUCACAGACUUACUUCAUCUGUCAGUGCCAUCAGGAAGUAAUUUGCCACUACUGGAAUCAAAGGCUACAGUGAAAUCAUCUUUCAAGGCACCUUUUCAUAUCACCAAAAAGAAGUCCAAACUUGGUCUUAGGAAGACAACAUCUGGAAGAAGAAAGUUUAAAGAGCUUCCAAGCAGAACUAAGAGAAAAGCUGCAAAAAAGAACUUCCAGAAAGUCCAAUCAAGAGAUAUUAAUGCGGAACCCAAAGAUUUCAUUGAUGGCAUCAUGGAUGAACUAAUUUCAGGAACAACAUGUCUUGAGGAAACCAAAGAUUCUCUGAAAGAAGAUACUCUACGAAAUAAUUGCAGUAAAGAAUCAAAUGUAGAUACUCACAGAAAAGCAGUUACUGUCCAGAAGAAAAGGAAGCUAAUUGAUAACACAACAGAUGACACUGAGACCAGUAAGAAAAAAAUGAAGUUUAAUUUCAAAGGAACAAUGCCAACAAAGAUGAUAACUGAAAAAAAUGCUAAGGCUAAACAAGGCAGUAAAGGAAAGAUAUUAACAAGUUCACAACCGGAUGAUAAAGAUCCCUGCAAAGAGAAAAUACUUGUCAAGUUGAAGGGAUAUCUUAAAACUUUGACACCAAGAAAUUGGGAAGAUCUGGCAGCAAAAGCUAAUUAUGUCAAAGGAACAGCAGCAAAGCGAGCAGCAGUUGCAUUGGAUAGUGCAGUUGAAGAUGCACAUGUUUUGAUUUCUGUUGUCAAAACACAUGUUCCUAGCUAGUCAUAUGAAGAUAUCUGACCAUUGUCUUGUUGAGUUACUUUUCACCAUCAUUGCUAGAAUGGUUGAUGAAGGAAUUCUGAUCUUGGAGAAGGAUCCCCUAAAAACUUCAGAAACCCUAGAGAAAGAGAUGCAGGAACUGAUUAAAUUUUUGAAAGAAUCAGGAACUUUGGUAUCAAAGGCUAGAAAAAUCCAAUGGAUGGAUGGUUUUAUGACUGACUUGACAGUCACAGAAAUUGAUAAACAAAAAGUUGAAAAUAAAGUUGCCAA